CUGGUAAUUGCUAGAAUUGAGACGAAUAUCAGUUGGUCUUCCAGGGCACUGCCAUCUAGUGCAGAAUUAUAACGAAUGGUGGACAGCCAUCCAUGACAUGUUCAGUGACUAGGUGUGAGGUUUGUUAUAUCAUAGCAGCCACGCCUGUAUCGAGCAAUCGUAUCAGUAUGUAGUCAGUUAAAACUUCCCAUACUCAUUGCUGCAGCAUAAUCUCGCAUCAAACUUCCUUUGUUUUUUUCAUGCAGGUUGCCUUUGAUAUAAGUAGACAACUACCAACCAAAGCUCGCCAAAAUACCCCCCUUUAUAAGCUGAUAUAAUACUACCACAUUCACUACACCGACCAGACCGAAGCGACAACAACAUCGCGAUAUUCAAGGUUCUCAAUAAUUACACAAGGAACAUGGCCAUCACGAAGGAUGGCGGCAUCAGGCCACUGACCGUGAUAAUUCCACUCAUCCUGUCGAUUGCGGGAUUCGUCUUAGCAAUGAUAGCGAUUUUCGCCGGCACGGGUUCGCAACAGCAAGCUCUAGAAGACUACCAUCUAAUCGCCAUAAACAUGUCUGAUUUUGGACACGAUCUCAUACCUACCUCAACAUCUUCCGGGUCUCAGCCCUCAUCCACUAGCUCCCUCUGGGACGACCUCCAAGGCGCGAUAACAGACCAAUUAAACGAUAUAAUCGGCGACAUCGCCGACGAGCUCUCGAAGGAGUUAGGCAUCUCGCAAUGGUACAGUCUCCACGUCAUGACCGCCUGCGAAGGCAACUUCGCACCGAACGCGACCUCUCAGGGCGCGUGGUACAACACGACGAACUGCACGGCGCAAUCGCCAGGAGUACACCUAAACCUAACAGCCCUAAUCCAAAAAGAACUCUCCGCCGGCCCUCUCAAGCUCAACGCCUCGAAGCUCCCCAUCCCGUCCAAGAUCCAAGAAGCAAUAGACUACCUCAACAGCUUCCUCCUCGCCACAUUCACCCUCUACGCCCUCGGCGCCGGGCUCUCCGGGCUCUCCUUCCUCUCCAGCAUCGUCGCAUUAACCCUCUCCCGGCGUAGCCCUAAUCCCAUUACUCCCGCUGUAUCAGCGAUUAACAUCACGCUCACGGCCCUAGCGACCCUGGCUUUGGCUCUUGCGAGCGCGAUCGCGACGGCGAUAGCGAAGAAGGGGGUACAGGAGAUCAAUGAUGCGGGGGAUGGGGUCGGGAUCUCGGCGGUGGAGGGGUCGAAGUUGAUGGUUGUGAGCUGGGUUGCGUUCGCGGUGAUGUUGGCCGCGACGGCGUUUUGGGGGCUGGCGUGUUGGGUUCCCAGGAGGCGUGGGAGGAGGGGGUUGGUUGUUGUGGAGGGGGAGAAGGGGAGUGGGGGACGGGGAGGGGGGCUUUUGGGGAGGUUGAGGCGGCGUUAG